UUUGGUUGUUUCUCCCCUUCUUUCUAGCUGGGUUGCCCUUCCUCAUCAUUGAAACAAGCACAAUCCAGCCCUACCAGCGGGGCUUCUACUGCGACGACGACAGCAUCAGGUACCCACAGAAGAAUGUGGAGACUAUCAACGAUGCAGUGCUGUGUGCUGCAGGCAUCCUCAUCGCUAUCCUUGCUAUUAUAACAGGAGAGCUCUACCGCAUCCACUACCUGAAGGAGAAAUCCCGCUCCUUUAUCCAGAACCCCUAUGUGGCAGCACUCUACAAGCAAGUGGGCUGUUUCGUUUUUGGCUGUGCCAUCAGCCAGUCCUUCACAGACAUUGCCAAAGUGUCCGUUGGGCGCUUGCGGCCACAUUUCCUGGCAGUUUGUGAUGUGGAUUUCUCCACCAUCAACUGCGCUAAGGGAGUUUACAUCAAUAACUACACCUGCAGGGGAAAUGACAGCUCGGUCCAGGAAGCCAGGAAAUCCUUCUUCUCUGGGCAUGCAUCUUUCUCCCUGUACACCAUGCUGUAUUUGGUG